GUUGCGAGUUGCGAGGCGAGUUGUGGCAUCUUGCAGAUCUUGCACUCGUGGAGUGCGCUGUGUGGUUAUUGUUCAUUAUUGUUGUGCUUUCAUGUGCUGUUGUACUCAGUUUGGGAAGUAUUAGUGGCGGUAAUGAUACUUGAUUAUCGCAAACCAAAAGUGUUUAGCAACAAAGUUAUCUAGUGCAAAUCUUUCAGUUCUAAUUACUGAAAUAAUAUAUAGUAAAUAAGACCUGUAGACUGAGCAUUAUUUAUGCUUUUAAAUCGUAAUCCAACGACUCUUAUUGGUAUUUCGAUCCUGUUUUCGGUAAUCGUGUAACGUAAUAUUAACAAAGAUGGAAGACAAUGAUCCAACAAGUAUUAUUAAAAUGAUAAAUGAUUUGAAAUCAGGAUCUGAAAUGUACCAGAAAAGCAAUAGCCGAGUAUCCUUAAAGUUGUCUGGAACUGGACGUCCGUCACAGGUGUUUGGUGAUCUAGAGACAUCUGGCAGCUCGCCUAAAAGACCAAGGCUUGAUGAUUCUGAUAAUUCUAUUUUAAAUAAGAGUGAUACAGAGUCCACUCCGAGUAGUCCAUGGGAAUGGAGAAGAUUGAAAGGAGAGGUUGUUUCCUUGAGAACGCGAUUGUCUCACCAAGAAGCUGCUGUGCAACAGCUUCAUAAGAUACGUAGGCAAAUGGAAGAGGUUUUUGAGAAGGAGAAAGGUAUCUUGGAGAUGCAGGUGGAGCAGGAUAAACAAACAAUUAAGCAAUUAGAAUUAAGAGUCGAUAUUUCGCGUAGAACGAUUCAAGAGGCACGGGAAGCUCAAGCUGCUGGAGAAAAGGAACUAUUUCAGAUAAAAACAAAUUUAGAACAGAAAAUUAUGUCGCUAAUGAACGAGAAUGCGAAACUUGUGGACGACCUGAAAAACGUACCCGCGCAGGAAAGCCAGCCGGUGACGAAUGAUGUUGCCAGCGUGAACGAAACGCAGCUUAAACUUGAAGCAGCGGAAUCAAGGAUAGCGCACAUGGAGGAGAAAUUGAAGGAGUAUCAGUUUAAGCAGCAGGAAUUCGAAUUGCAGACCGUGGAACUUCAAAGUUUGAAGAUAAAGGUUGAAAGGCUGGAGUCGGAGAGAGCGCUGUGGGAAGAGGGAAAAAUGCUAACCGCGAAAGCGGCGAGAGCGAACGAACUUGAAAAGGAGUUGAACGCCGCGAAAGAUACUAUUGCUAAUUUAAGGGAAUCCGUUCGGGGAAAGCUGCUUUUGGAAGAACAGAUGGCUAACGUUAUGAAGAGAUUAGAGCACACGGAAAAAGUAGAGCAGCAAGUAGCAACGCUCGAAGCAAAGAAGACUGAGCUUUUGUUACGUUUAGCAGAGUACGAGUCCAUCGGAAUCGUCGGAGGCCCGCCCGCUUUGAAACGUGAAUUACAUCGGUUGCAACAAGCUGAGCUGGUGCUAAAAUCGGAAGAAGGUCAUUUGAGAUCGAAAUUGGAAGCCGCGUUGAGGGAAUCGCAAGUUCUGUCGAAGAAUUACGAGGAUGCGAAGAAAUUGGCGUCGGACGUGGCAGCGUCCAAGGAGAAGUUAACGAAAUUAGUCGGCAGACUUCAAAAGAAAAUGCUCCUUGUUACAAGGGAGAGAGACAGUUAUCGGCAACAAUUGGAUUUGUACGAAAAGGAGAUGACGGUCGACAGCAACAACGCGUUGACCGAAAGAAUCCCUGCAUUGGAACGCACGAUCGACGUGUACAGAGAAUUGGUCACAAAAUUGGAAAACGAUCUCCAAGCGGCCGAGGGUCACAAUAAAAUGGACGAGUGCAAUAAACUGAGGAUUGAGGUCGAGCGGUUGAAGGGCGAAUUGGAGCAUCGGGCGUUAAAGGGUGAUUUCAAUUGCGAUUCGAGAAUAUUGCACUUUACCAUGAAUCCCGCAGCCAUUGCGGAGAAGCAAGCGGAGGAGAAGCAGAAGGCGUUGUUACGCGAAUUGGAGGAGCUGAGAGCGAAAGUAUCGUUGGGUAGUACCAACGUGACGAUAUCGAACCUUCAAGUUCAGGAAAUAGCAGAGCUGAAACAGACUCACGAGAUAAAAAUAGCUCGGUUGAAGGAGGCCUUCAAGGCAUCGUCGCAGGAGUACCGACAGGCUUGUUAUCAGUUGUUCGGCUGGAGAGUGGACAGAACGAAGGAAGGCCGAUACAAGUUGUCUAGUCAGUACGCUGAGUCGCCGGACGAUUACCUGUUCUUCAAGAUCGGAGAGAAUUGCGUGGACCUCUUGGAGACUGCGUUCUCGGCGACGCUCGGCCACUUGGUGGAGCAACAUCUCCAGCGACAACACAGCGUGCCCAUGUUCUUAAACGCCGUGCAAACGGAUCUAUUCAAUCAACAGACGAUGACAAAUGUUAUCAGUUGAUUCUCUUAAUUGCGAUUACAGCUGUAUGAAACAUUUCUCCCACGAAAUCUAACUAAAAAUGAGACGAGAUUUCAAUAACUUAUUAAUAGUUGAAUUAUAAUUUUGAUUUAUUAAUAUUUGUGUGAUUUUUAUUAUGCUACGUACUUUAAAAUAUUUUUGUAGAAAUUCUGUGCGUUGUUUUAGAUAAAUAAAUAUGUAUUCAGGAUAUUUAUUAGGCAAUUCAAAUUAUUUGGUAGACUGUACGUAUCAUUCUGUCAGAUUUCGUAGGAGCAAUGACUAAACGUAUUCUACUUUUCUUGUCGUUAGUGCUGUAAGAACUGUGGAUAGCAGAUAAUAAACUAUCAUAUUCAUUUUUUAA